GACCGAGGACUGGUGGCGACGGAGUUUGUUGUUAACGGCCGACGGUCGACACGUUGAGCUGAUCAACAGAACAACAACGUCUACAGUGGUCUAGUACUGUGCCUUAACGUGAUCACCUGCAGCAUAACAACAAUGUCUACAGUGGUCUAGUAUUGUGCCUUAACGUGAUCACCAGCAGCAUAACAUAACAACAAUGUCUACAGUGGUCUAGUACUGUGGUCUUAACGUGAUCAACAGCAGCAUAACAACAAUGUCUACAGUGACCUACAGUGGUCUAGUAUUGUGCCUUAACGUGAUCACCAGCAGCAUAACAACAAUGUCUACAGUGGUCUAGUACUGUGGUCUUAACGUGAUCACCAGCAGCAUAACAACAAUGUCUACAGUGGUCUAAUACUGUGGUCUUAACGUGAUCAACAGCAGCAUAACAACAAUGUCUACAGUGGUCUAGUACUGCGGUCUUAACGUGAUCACCAGCAGCAUAACAACAAUGUCUACAGUGGUCUAGUACUGUGGUCUUAACGUGAUCAACAGCAACAUAACAACAAUGUCUACAGUGACCUACAGUGGUCUAGUAUUGUGCCUUAACGUGAUCACCAGCAGCAUAACAACAAUGUCUACAGUGGUCUAGUACUGUGGUCUUAACGUGAUCACCAGCAGCAUAACAUAAUAACAAUGUCUACAGUGGUCUAGCCGAUCUUUUGGUGAAGAAUAUAAAUGAAAAGAGACGUGACCGAUCGCCCAAGCGGCUAACAAGCCGAUCAGUGGCGAAGAGGAUAAAAGUAAAAGUAAAAAGUACUGUGGCCUUAACGUGAUCACCAGCAGCAUAACAACAAUGUCUACAGUGGUCUAGUACUGUGGUCUUAACGUGAUCACCAGCAGCAUAACAUAACAACAAUGUCUACAGUGGUCUAGCCGAUCUUUUGGUGAAGAAUAUAAAUGAAAAGAGACGUGACCGAUCGCCCAAGCGGCUAACAAGCCGAUCAGUGGCGAAGAGGAUAAAAGUAAAAGUAAAAAGUACUGUGGCCUUAACGUGAUCACCAGCAGCAUAACAACAAUGUCUACAGUGGUCUAGUACUGUGGUCUUAACGUGAUCACCAGCAGCAUAACAUAACAACAAUGUCUACAGUGGUCUAGCCGAUCUUUUGGUGAAGAAUAUAAAUGAAAAGAGACGUGACCGAUCGCCCAAGCGGCUAACAAGCCGAUCAGUGGCGAAGAGGAUAAAAGUAAAAGUAAAAAGUACUGUGGCCUUAACGUGGUCACCAGCAGCAUAACAACAAUGUCUACAGUGGUCUAGUACUGUGGUCUUAACGUGAUCACCAGCAGAACAACUUAACAACAGUGUCUACAGUGGUCUAGUACUGUGGCCUUAACGUGAUCAACAGCAGAACAACUUUAAUGGUUUGUGGGCCUCUGUGAUCACCCUAUUCAAGAUGUCUGACAGUAUUAAAGAGUUAUUUGUGAGCAUUUAUGGCGGGCCAAUAUAUUUCACAAUGAAAGCUUGCGCUGAGAAAAAAGAACUUCAACAGCUCAUUAGUUGUUGGGGUGGUGAAAUGACUGAAACUACGGGACCACACACAAUACACUUGGUGUCCAAAGGAGAAGAGGCUCCCAAAACUGGGGACUCCUUUCAUGUCCAGUAUAUAUAUGAUUGUAUUGACAAGGAGCGACUCUUAUUAAUUGAUAAAUACAGAGUGAACAAAAAUUCCUGCUAUGUUGGAAAUAUGACAGCAAUGUGGGUGAUGCUUGGAAAAUCCUCAUGGCCAGAUUGUCAGCUCAAAAGGAAUGAUGGUAUGGUGAAUGAAGUCACUUCAUCCCAGGAAAUUUAUGAAACAAGAGCACCUGAUCCUUCAGUAAGGAAUGACCCGGGCCCUUCAGUAGGGAACGACCCGGAACCUUCAGUCAGGAACGACCCGGGGCCUUCUGUAGGGAACGACCUGGGCCCUUCAGUAGGGAACGACCCGGGCCCUUCAGUAGGGAACGACCCGGGCCCUUCUUCAAGGAACAACUCUUCAACGAGGAAAAAGAAGUAUGUUGCCUUAAAUUUGCUUUUUGAUAAAUAAAUGUAUACAAAAGGA